ACCAACGCCAGCCAAACCUCCGGCGCCGACGGCGACGGUAGCAGCAGCAGCGGCGGCGGCGGGAAGGGCGACGACGACGCAAUGUCGCUGGCGGCGGAGGCAGGCGGGAUGGACUGGCGGACGUUCCGCGCGAAGCUGGUUGCCGGCCACGAGGCCACGCGGAGCGUCUCCGCGCCCUCCCCCGCGCAGGAGGCGGUGGGGCUCGAGAUCUGGCAGGACCGCAUGAGCCUCGAGAACUGGGCGCUGCUGGCCUCGCAGAACCCGCGCCUGGCGAAAGAGGUCCCCUGGGUGCACUCCACGGGGGGCGCGGAGGCGGGGGGCGUGCUGCUCGCCGCGCCCUUCCCCCAGAUUCCCGGGCAGGGGGAAGCGGAGGGCGGAGAUGGAGGGCGCGGAGCGGGCGCGGGCGGGCUGGACAGGCGGUUGUGGCAGGCGGCUGUGUUUCUGGUGGAGCAUGGAGGGGCGGGCAGGGAGUCGUGGGGACUGCUGCUGAACCGACCGUCGGGAUUCACGAUUCAGAUGGCGCUAGCGAAGGUGAACAGGGUGGAGGAGGCAUCGCUGGCAGUGUUUGCACGCAACGCCAUCUACAUCGGUGGGUUCAAGUCUGACGGCAGCACUCUAUACUUCCUGCACGGCCACGACCUGCCCGGAGCCAAGGAGGUCAUGCCUGGCGUCUACAUGGGAGGGCUGGAGGCAGCAGCGGAGCAGGUGCUUCUGGGCAAGAUGCCACCGAGUGACUUCAGAUUCUUUGUCGGGCAAGUGGAGUGGCAGCCGGGCAAGCUCCAGGAGGAGGUGGAUGCGGGCCUGUGGUACACAGCAGCGUGUGCCAGAAGCCUUGUGCUCAAACAGUGCUUGCAGCUGCCCAAACCCCUCUGGCGGGAAAUGCUGGAGCUGAUGGGAGGAGAGUAUGCUGAGACAGCGAGGAAGGAAUUUGGAGAGAGAUCUUGA